AUGCUGAGAAAGGUGAAACGUCUUUUUCGCCGGGACCCUCGGUCCUCGAAUGCACCUGCCGACAUCGUGCCUCUGGGCAACAAAGAGGCUUCGUCCCCGGGUAACAAAGAAGCCAAUUUUCUGACCCCAAAGAAAAACCACCGGUCUUUGAGGUCCCCCUCUAUCAAGAAGUGGCUCAAAAAGAUAGCUCGGCCUGUUGAUGGGUUCACCAUCAACAAUGUGCGGCCAGAAGUCGACAACGUCGACUACCAGAUUCGCUUCCCUUCGACCUCUGAACUGGGGUCUCCCCCAUCUUGCUUCAAAGAAAGCUGGGACAACGAUCCCGAGAUCCGACGCUUCUUGUAG